AUGAAGUUUCUACUAUUACCACAGGUACUACACGAUGGUGAAAUACAUUGCUUAGCAGUUAGUGACGACAGCACAGUGCUAGUAACUGGUGGAAAAGACAGCACCAUCAACUUGUGGAAUGUGGCCCAACUACUUGCCAUAUCAAACAUUGAAAACGAUUCCGAUUCCACACAGGCCCGAGCGAGCAUUGAACGUCUUCGUCCACUUCAAAAAAUCAAGCUUGAAGAAUCGUUUGUGAAUAACAUCAAGUGGGUGCCAGGGUCUUACAAUAAAUUCUUGUCAACUAGUUCAACCGGGCAUAUUUACCGGCAUGAAAUUGGAUUUGAUGCCAAAGUAUCGAGCAAACGACUUUUCCCAUUCCUUGAGGAGCUGGAGUCUGAUUUGAAACCAAUUGUUGAUAUAUCAAUUUCGCGAGAUGGGAAAUUAGUGGCUUGGAGCACCAAUGAUGGGAAAUUGAACCUUUUCGAUCUUCACCGCAACACUUUUCAAGAAUUGUUAUCACCACCUUCCACACAAGAGAGCUUGGUGAUACAGCGGAGUGUUGCUUUCAAUGGUGUAACAAAUUACCUCGUCAGCAUUGGCGAUGAUACACAAAUAAAUGUGUUUCAAUAUGAGUAUGACUCUUCUACCAAGUUAUACAAGUUUCGAUUGAUCAACAAAAUAUCCAAGCUAUUCAGUAAGAACCCAUUGAGUGUGCGAUACAAAAGAGUGUCGUGGUCUCCCGAUGGUGCUUUGGUUUCAGUCCCUACUGCAAGCAAGAACCAAACAUCGCUUAUAUCCCUACUUUCAAGUGUCCAGAACUGGAACACGACAGCAAACUUGGUGGGCCAUGAUUUAAAAUGUGAGGUGACAAGAUUCAACCUGUAUCUUUACUCAGAAACCUCCAGUGGAGAAAGAAAUUAUUACAAUGUACUUGCAUCUGGUGGUUCUGAUGGAACGAUCGCAAUUUGGAACACGUCCAAAUCUUCGUCCAUAAUGGUCCUUAAGAAUGUUGUUGACGCUCAAAUCCACGAUCUUGUGUGGACCAUCACCAGUAGCGUUUUGUUUUGCACUUCAAAGGGGAACUUGGGUAUUCUUCGAUUUUUGCCUCAUGAGUUGGGCUACGCGUCGCCGACCAGUGAGUUGAACAAAUUGAGAUCCAGCACUUUAAAAGAAAUGAAGCCUAUUAAUUACAGAUAUGAGUCUGAACAAGCAUCUGGUAUCCGAAAAUCUUUGCCAGCAAUUGAAUAUAUCAAUCAAGCGAGUGCAGUUGCUGUAACAGUAGCUGAACAUCUUGAGCCAAUGAAGAAAGAAUUGAAAAAAGCGGAUUCAGAGCCACAAAAGCCUACUACCGCUAUGGAACGAGCUGAAGUAACUGCCUCUAGGGGUCCAAUUAGCCCGCAGGUGAUUUCUGCCUCGCCACCUUUGACAAGAGCUGAUGCAUCCCCUACAAAAACAGCUGUAUCACCUAAACCAACGAGCGAACUGGUCACAAAUGAAAUUAAGUCUAGCUCUGGAAUAAAAAUUAGUCCAGAGGGGCAAGUACAAUCGCCAGAACUUGCACUGCUUUUGCCACCAUCGAAUUCAGCUCAGAAUGCAGCUCAGAAUUCAGCUCAGAAUGCAGCUCAGAACGCAGCUCAGAAUGCAACGCCGCAUGCAAAGCCUCACACAACACCGCUCGAGGGGCCGAAACAAGUGCAGGAAACAACACUGCAGCAACCACCAGAGAAAACUACACAGCAGCCAAAACAACCUAGUCUUAGCAAACAAAAAAUCACAACAAAGAAUGGAAAAAGACGCAUUCAACCAAUGUUGAUCUCCAACAAUGGCACCAGCUCAACUAGCAGCUUAAAACCAACUCAAACUCAACAAACCUUGCUUAGCACCGCUAAAAGCGCUAUGGAAUUUGAUCCUCCUUCUUACUCAGUCUCGGAGGAGUUUAGUCGUUCCAAACGAUCCCAAGGUGAAGACCACUCACAAGCAUCAGUAAAUGGUGACGUUGCAAAGCGGGCCAAACGAGAAAUGGAGCCAGUGAAAUUCAUCGGUUCGGUCAUUUUGAACCCCAAUGUCUCCUUCUCCAAAGUUCGUUUACCAACUCCAAAAAUCCGCCUUGGAUUUCAGCUAAACUGCAAGAAAGUAGGUGAUGAAAUCUUCACGUUGGAUGUAAGGAACGGAUCGGGAAAUGAGGCGAAGCCUUCACGAAUCACGUAUUAUAAAAGAGAUAAGGAGAUCUGGUGUGAUUUCGUCCCGAAAUUUAUUCAUUUAGCAUGCGAGGGCGACAAGUUUUGGGCAGCUGUCACUGCUGAUGGAGAAGUCUUGACGUAUCUGCAUAUCUCCGGUAAACGACUUUUGCCGCCGCUUGUGCUUGGAGCGCCAGUGUCAUUUUUGGAAGGUCAGGGUAAGUAUUUAAUGGUGGUGACUUGUAUUGGGGAAUUGUACGUUUGGGAUAUGGAAUCGAAAAAAGUUGAAUUGAAAACAUCAAUUGAUUCACUUUUGGAACUAGGGUCGAAAUUACAAGAGUCAGGGUUGGUCAAGUCGGAGUUUUUAACGUUGUGUGCCAUCACGUCGCUGGGUAUUCCCCUUGUGACGUGUUCGAAUGGGUCAGGAUACUUGUACAAUAAAAAUCUCGGAGUCUGGCAAACCAUAACUGAGUCAUGGUGGGCAUUUGGAUCUCAUUAUUGGGAUAGUGUCGAUAAUGCCAAACCAAACACGCCACAAUCUGUCAAUAUGUUUGGUCAAGAGGGAGGGGGAGACUCGAUACUUCAAUUAUUAGAACAAAAGACAAACGAGGAAAUCAUUCGCAAGUCUCGAUCUGGGAGAGGCAAAUUGUACAAUAAAAUUUCAAAAAAUAUGAUUAUGAAGGAAGGAUUUGAAAGUUUGGAAAAUACAAUUUCGCUCAGUCAUUUGGAAAAUCGGAUCUUAUGUUGUGAAUUGUUGGGCGACGACAAGGAUUUUCAUCAGUAUUUUAGAAUGUAUGUGCAACGUAUUUGUGAAUUGGGCCACAGGGCAAAACUAUAUGAAGUGUGUGAUGAAUUAUAUGGACCUGAUGACAACGCGGAAGAUAAUGUGAGUACCUCUGACGUGAACAAUUGGCAGCCAAAGAUUAGUGGGUUUGAAAAACGCGAGUUGUUGAAAGAAGUAAUUGACUUGUGUUCACAAUAUCGAGACUCACAACGUGUGUUGUAUCAUUUCAGCAAAAAACUCGGCAUGGUUGAACAAGAGUAG